CUGGUCAAGUCUCAGGUCUAUUGUAUUAAUCAGGUCCAGUCCUUCCUUUGCCUUCAGAACACAACAGGAUAACAACUGUUUUCUCUGUGAAUGUACUUCAUCUAGUCAUGCCUUUUCAAACAAUAACCAGGCUUGUCUUAACUGCCCAGGACUUCUAAAUGUCAAAACAAAACUUCUGUCAGGUUUGUUUUUGUUUUGGCUUCUGUUUGCAUUUGAUUGACCAAAGAGAUGACUGACCUUGGAGAUGGAGUGGAUUCCAGGAUUGAGUCAGAACAAAAUCUAUCCCAGAUAAAAGCCAAGCAAUAUGUCAGUUAAUACCAGGCAACUAAGGAAGUGAAAACUAUAAUGGUGAUGAAUUGGAAGGAAAGAACAAGGGGGAGCCCAACAGAAUCCACAUAUCGGAGAAGUCAUCUAAAUAUUCUAUGUGUGGAGAGAACAUCGGUCAGAACUCCCAGUCCAUCUCCCAUCAAGGAAGGAGCUUCGUUCAGAGGGAUAGUCUCACUUCCCAUGAAAGAACUCACAGUAGAGAGAAACUGUAUCAGUGCUUUGAAUGUGGAAAGAGCUUCAGUCAAAGUGCCCAUCUCACUUUUCAUCAAAUAAUUCAUACAAGAGAGAAACCCUAUCACUGCUUGGAAUGUGGAAAAAGCUUCAGUCAAAGCGAGACUCUCACUUCCCAUCAAAGAAUUCAUACAGGGGAGAAACCCUAUCACUGCUUGGAAUGUGGAAAGAGCUUCAGUCUCAAGCACAAUCUCACUUCCCAUCAAAGAAUUCAUAUAGGUCACAAACCAUAUCAAUGCUUUGAAUGUGGAAAGAGCUUCUGUCAAAGUGCCCACCUCACUUUUCAUCAAAUAAUUCAUACAAGAGGGGAAAAUUCUUAGUGUUUGGAAUGUGGGGAAAGCUUCAGUCAGAGUGCUAGUCUCAUGGCCCACCAAAUAAUUCACACAGGGUUGAAAACAUUUAAGAACUCAAAGCAGGGUGAAUAAAGAAUAAUAAAUUUGGAAUCUUAUCCAACGCCCUCCAAUGCAGAAAUCUCGUAUCAAGCACCCAUGACAAAUGGCCAUCCAAAUUCUUCCUAAAAACCUCCAAUAAAGAGGAGUCUGCUCCCUUCCGAUAUAGUUCCUUUUCACUGUCCACUCUUACUAUUGGAAAGUUCUUCCUGGGGAAGCCAGGUGGCCUCUCUGUGGGCUACUGGAAAGAAUUAAAGGACGAGCCUCUUCUGUAAAAGAUAUUAUGAACCAAUUGCUGGAAACGGGACAAACCCCAGAAACCUGAAAAGAGGCAAACAUUACUUGGAUACCCAAACAAGAUAAGGACAUAACAAAUCCUUAAAAUGUCCAACUGAUUUCAUUAUUAAACUGCUACUAUAAACUGUUUGCGGACGCUGGCGCUGUGGGUUAAACCACAGAGCCAAGGACUUGCCGAUCAGAAGGUCGGAGGUUUGAAUCCCCGCGACGGGGUGAGCUCCCGUUGCUCGGUCCCUGCUCCUGCCAACCUAGCAGUUCGAAAGCACGUCAAAAUGCAAGUAGAUAAAUAGGUAUUGCUCCGGCAGGAAGGUAAACGGCGUUUCCGUGCGCUGCUCUGGUUCGCCAGAAGCGGCUUAGUCCUGCUGGCCACAUGACCUGGAAGCUGUACGCUGGCUUCCUCGGCCAGUAAAGCGAGAUGAGCGCCGCAACCCCAGAGUUGGCCACGACUGGACCUAAUGGUCAGGGGUCCCUUUACCUUUAUAAACUGUUUGCAGCAAUAUAAGCGAACAUAUUUGAAAAGUUAUGAAUGAGUAAUUGUAUUUUUCGCUCCAUAAGAGGCACCUGACCAUAAGAUGCACCUAGUUUUUAGAGGAGGAAAACAAGAAAAAAAAUAUUCUGAAUGAAACAGUGGGUGUAUGAUUUUUGUGGUUCAUGCUGUGACCACAAACAUGUGAUCUGAUGGUGAAUUUGGGGUGACCCAAUGCAAAAAUCCUGAGGAUCAAAUGUGGAUCUGUGCUUUGUAACCACGUUUUUGCAUCACUGUGGCCCCACGCAACAGUGAGUGUGUGAUUUUUUUGGUGCAGGCUGUAGCCAUGAACAUGCUAUGUGAUCUGAUGGUGAAUUUGGGGUGAUCCAAUGUAAAAAUCCUUUGGCUCCAUGGGCUUUUACCUCCUCUCUCCCAGGCAGCGACCCUUAUCUCUCUUCCAAUCUCACCGAUCAGCUGUUUCCUUUCAGCACUCUCUUCCCUCUGGUUUGCCUUAGUGUCUUUUCCUUAGCGAGAGCAGUUUUUUGCUCCUCCUUUUCUUCUAAUUUCUCUCCUUAUUGCUUUAGUCUUCCUGUCUUCUCUUCUUGCAAGUUUGCUGUCUUUACCUCCCGCCUCCCAGGCAGUUUCCUUUAUCUCUAGCAUCCCUUAUCUCUCUCC